AUGGCGACACUUCAAAAGUUUAAGCUGCUAGCGACACAAUGUGCCUUAGCCGGAAGUCCUUCUCGGAGUCCAGCUACAAGCCCGGUGAUUCACCUCAGACGACGGAAGACGUUACGGAUGUUGCUGAGUCGGCGGUUGCCGCGUCGCGAAGAGUUUCUAGAUCGGAGAGGUAAUAAUGAUGUUGAUUCGUCGGACAAUAGGAAGGAUGUCGGUGGCGUGAGGCAGAAGCUGAAGGAUUUGCUUGUGUCGUCGCCUCCGUCGCCUCGGUUGCUUGAACAGAACAGAACAGACGGUGGAGAAGAAACGAAGCGGUGGAGUGGUGGUGGUGUUCGGCGCGGUGGUUCGAGAGGGCUGAGGCCGUUGUCGGGGACAUUACGGCAACGGUUACUCCGACGAGCAUGGAGGCCGGUACUUGGUACGAUUCCCGAGUAA